UAGCACCUCAACUCCUGACUUGGGCCCAAACCAAACUUAGAGUCCUCGAUACUUGAGCAAACCACCCAAAACCUCAACUUUAGCCACUUUACAUUGCACCAUUUUUCUUUUAACUUAACUUUGAUACCCCUGCGCCUCACCGUAUCGCUUCAAUUCAAGGUUCUGGGCUGGAUCCUACCGCUUCUCUCAUUGUCAAACACUAUCUCAGCCUCCCUCAAUAUCUCCAUACCCAACGACGUGACAGGGCAGCCCGCCUUUACUGUACACCAUGGGGCUGUCCGUCAUUCAAGAGCAGCAUGAUGCUAUCUUGGGGCAGAUCAAGAAGAUCACUCGAGGCGAUUGGAAAUGCCUGAUCGUUGACGAGAACUCCAAAAAGAUCAUUGACAAUGUCGUCAAGGAGGAUGACAUUCUCAAUAAUAAUAUCGCCAGUUGGUCUAUCUGACUGCCAGCUUGGUGUCUGGUACUGACCAGCGUUUCCUCCAGCUAUCGAGCGAAUCGAGAACCGUCGCGAACCGAACCCUGAGAUGGACGCAAUCUAUAUCCUUUCUCCCGAAUCCUUCGCUGUCGAAUGCCUUCUCGCCGAUUUCGAGAUGCGACGUUAUCGCAGCUACUACCUCGUCUGGACCGGCCUCCUCGACCCCUCAUUGCGACGCAAGAUCGACGACUUUCCUGGAGCCCGACAGCUCCGCGCCGGUUUCCAAACCAUGUUCGUCGAUUUCCUGCCUCGAGAAUCGCAUCUAGUUACCCUUCGCGAUCCCUGGAGCUUUCCCAUGCUCUUCCACCCAGCCUGUAACGCCAUCGUUCCAACACACAUGAAGAGUCUAGCGCAAAAGAUCGCCGGUCUUUGUAUUACACUCGGAGAAUACCCCAAAGUUCGUUACUACAAGCCGCAAAGCGCACGCCACGAGGCAGCCGUCCUCUGCACUCACCUGGCUCGAUUUGUCCAGGAAGAGCUCGAUGCGUAUGCGCAAUGGGAUACUAGCUUCCCUCCACCCUCACCACGACCACAGGCGACACUCGUCAUCACAGACCGAUCGAUGGAUUUGAUGUCACCUUUGGUACAUGAGUUCUCCUACCAAGCCAUGGCACACGACCUCCUGCCGAUCAAGGAUGGCGACAAGGUCACUUAUCGUACGACCAUCAACGAAGGAACUCCGGAAGCCGAAGAGAAAGAUAUGGAGCUCACAGAUAAGGACAAGAUAUGGGUGGACAAUCGACACAGACACAUGAAGGACACGAUUGAUAAACUUAUGGGCGAUUUCCAAAAGUUCCUCCAACAAAACCCCCACUUCACCAAUGAGAAUGCCGACACGACCAACCUUAAUACGAUUAGAGAUAUGUUGGCGGGCUUGCCGCAGUUCCAGGAGAUGAAGGAGGCAUAUUCGCUGCAUCUGACCAUGGCGCAAGAAUGUAUGAACAUUUUCCAGAAGCACAAGUUGAUGGAUAUCGCCUCUAUAGAGCAAACACUCGCCUCUGGACUGGACGAGGACUUUAAGAGACCGAAGAACAUUCUCGAAAUGAUUGUACCUCUGUUGGACGAUGAGGCCGUAUCACCUUCAGACAGGCUGCGCCUCAUCAUAUUAUUCAUUCUCUACCGGGAUGGUGUCAUUGACGAAGACAUCAAACGACUCUUGGCCCACGCAUCCCUCCCUCAGUCUGACCGCGAGGUUGUGGUGAACUUUGAGCAGCUUGGUGGACAUAUGACACAUGCGCUCAAGGACGUGCGCCAGAUUCCUGCGCCUCUAUUCCCGAUCGAUCCAAAAUCGACACAGUUGAACGAGGAAUAUGGAUUAACACGAUUCGAGCCAGCAAUGAAACACAUGGUGGACCAUCUGGCAAGGGGCAUGUUAGAUCAGACUCACUUCCCUUACGUGAAGCCACCACUGGACCCCAAUGAGGAGCUUCACUUAGCACAGGGAGGUUCUCUUCGUGCCGGUCGACCAAAUUGGGCAGCAGCUGGACGCCGUCCACCAGAGAACCGACAGCGAUUAAUUGUCUUCAUGGCUGGAGGUGCUACAUACAGCGAGAGCCGAUCAUGCUACGAAGUCGGUGAAGCGCGCAGUCGAGAUAUCAUUCUCGUCACUUCUCAUAUGAUUACUCCUCAGUUAUUUAUUCGCCAAGUGGGCGAUCUCAGUCGCGAUAAGCGUCAACUUGACCUACCCCUGGAGCGACCUAAGCGACACGCUCCACGACAUCUCUUCGAGCGACCGGCUCCUCCUCGCCCAGCACCAUCACAACAGCCCUCACAGCAAGGACUGCCGCCUGGUCCCACGAACCGACCCGGCGGUCUUCCUUCAAGACCCAGCCCUGGCAUGGCGCCUCCAACGGCUGCCAUGUCAAACAUGUCGAUUAAUAAUAACCACGGUAACAACGCAGCACCACGGCCAACAUCGCACCACAGUGUUCAACAACACCAUGAGGAGCCAGCCAAGCUCCACAAGGAAAAGAAGAAGCGUAACUUUCUCGGUAUCAAGAAGUAGGGUUCUUGGAACCGUGGUCUCUCUUCACCUUCUCCGCCGAAACCGAGGGCCAUUCGACGAUCACAGACUACAGAAACGUCGACUUCGUCUGAAGAUUACCAUACAAAUGCGUCGCAUGAGCCAGAAAGGAGUGCUUCCAGUAGAAGUCGGCUGGAUGGUCCUUCGGCCUAAUGUGGCUUCUCAGUAAAGCACAUGGUGGAAUUUCUGGUUUCGUAAUUCGUCGACGGAGCGUGGCGUUGUUCUACCGUCUUUUGUGUAUUGAUUACUAUCUAUGUUGGAAGCAUUACUUAACUUGGUAACUCGAAUGGUUGGGAGACGUUCAUCUGUAUAAAUCAGUUGUAGUGUAUAAACGUCGUGAAUUCUUUGUUCUCGUUUCAACAUGACUUUGAAGUAACUGCUAUUUACUCCUCAUUAUCACAUUAGCAGAAAUCGUCGUGAUCAUCGCCAGUGUGUACCCAGACAAGAAGGAAGCUCAGGUAAAUCGCCCAUCAACCAAUCCAUUUGAAUUCACUACCUAACUUUCACCGAGUUAAACCAUCAUGCCUAUAUCCCUUGAUUCCCCCCCAUCGCCGUGCUUCCCAAAAAUGACACGUAAAAAAACAAGUUACUAGCUACAGGGCGUACCCUGAUUCCAAGCAUGCGUUCAAAAGAUGCGGUGAGUCGAUUUCGGUAGAUAUUCGUACAAUAGUGGAAGAAGCCCCUUUGUUAAUUGUAAGGCUUUGAGUUUCAAAAGUUUCUGCAGACAGGCUGAUUGAUUCCGUACAAAAGUGGUACAGACUCUGUGGUCGAGGGGUGUUUUAUUCGAUGUGUUGAAGCACGGUAUUCGUAUGAGAUGCAAUUAAGGUCUACCGAAGGCGGCACCACGGCCGUUACCGGGCGGUGGCAUACCGCGGCCUUCAAAGGGACCACCAGGGAAGUCAGGUCCGGGGGGGCCGUUGAAGCCGCCGAGCCCAGGGGGAAUGAAUCCGGGAGGAAGGCCGCCGUAGAAGGCAGGGGGAGGCAUGUUUCGAGGAGGAGGGCCACCCAAGGCAUCGAGAGGAGGCAUCACGCCAGGAGGGAAGUUGGGAGGAAACAUGUGAGGCAUGGGCAUGUUACGGUUGGGUCCAGGGCCGCCAGGGCCACCGAGACCAGCAGGAAGUCCUGGGGGAGGGAUCAUAGGACCUCGUUGCUGAGGAGGAGGCAUUUGGCCACCAGGCAUCCAGCUGGGAGGCAUCUGAUGGUCCAGACCAGGAGGUGGAGGUGGGCGUUGCAGGAUCUGUGUAGGCUGGUUGGGUCGAACAUCAGCGUCAGGAGGGUUGUGGAAUCGUUCUUCCAUGGGAAAACCAGGGGGUGGUUGGCGCAUUUGACGUUGAGGACCACGAUCGUCUCUGGGGAAAUCGGGCUCCUGAGGCAUCUGUGGUGGCUUCUGCUGCUGUGGGCCCAUGCGCAUCAACAAUUCAUUGCGCUGGGCGUCGGGAGGUGCUCUCAUGAGAUUCAUCAAGAACUCAGUGUUACUGUUGUUACGAGCGGCAUCAGGACGUCCAGAACCUUGACUGGGAGCUCGCUGGCGCUGGCCAACGAGAUCCUGAAGAAGUUGCUCGGGGCGAGCAGCUUGUGGCUGGGGUCGAGGUGCAAGAAUCUCUUGAACAUGCUGAGGCGGGACUCGGCCAAUAGGACCGUCCAUUCGUCGAUCAGGUCCAUACUGCUGGAAAGGAGAUUCGGGAGAGGUAAUGGCGUUCGGCCUGCCAGCAUUUGGCGGCGUACCUUGAGGGGCAGCAAACGCGGGCAGUCCUGGUGGUGUAGCGCUCAUCGUCUGCUUCUGUAGCUUUGCCAGCAGUUGCUGGAAAGCUUGUCGCUCAUCUUCGCCGCCUGCUGGAGGAGCUGGGCCGCCAGCAAAGGGGAGAGGCAAAGGCAUACUACUGUUGACAGGAGGUCCCGUCAUAGGAGUUGGAGGUUCCGUUUUGCCUCGAGGCUCCUCCUGGGGUUGCGAAAAGAAAGACGUAAACCUGGAAGAUUUGCCAGCUGCCUUUGGUUUGUUGACAGGUUCCUUGGUCUCUUCAGCGAGAGGAGCAUCCAGACCAGCAUUCGAUCCAAACGCCAUGAAGAACUUAUCAGGUCCAGCUUGAACCGCUGGGGCAGAUUGCACAGGGGGCUUUCCAGCCUCGAUGAUGGCUUCAGCUGCCUCGACAUUCGCGGAUUUACCAGGAGCAGCAGGGAUUCCAGCCUUGGCCUUCUUCAUCUCUUCCAUCCACUUCUGGAAAUCUUGCUGCGUGUGAGCUUCGGGAUGCUCCUCAAGAGGUUCGUCUAGCCAUUCAGGCUCACGCUCGACUCGUUGAUCGCGGUCUCGUCCCCAUCGUCGAUCAUGGGUGCGAUUGUUGUUGUUAUUGUUGUUAUUAUGACGAUCAUCAGGAGUAUCAGCGAUCGCAUCGCGGUCUCUCCAGCUCUUCGCGCGAUCAAUUCGUUCACGCUUGUCGGGGGUGGUAGUAGUUUCAACAGCCGGAGUGGUGACUGCGUUAGACUCGUUCUUGUACCACGGCUCAGUUUUGUUCCUGUUCGUUCCGUUUCGAGAUCUACCCUCAUCGUCUCCGUCUCUGGCGAAAGUGUCAAAGCUUCGUGCAGGGCGAUCCCGAGCAGCGUCGUCACGUUCUCUGGGCUGUCGCUUGUCAUCUCGGAAGUUGCCUCCCAUACGUCCAUGGAAACGCUCAGCACCCUCGUGCCCAAAACUCUUGCGUGGCUUCACAGUACUCCAACCAUCUGAUUCGCUCUCACCUUCACGACGGCGGUGACCAUUGCUAUUGCGUCCAUCGCGAAAUCGGUCAACGUCAAGAUCUCCAUUGCGACUUCGAAAGUUGCCGAAACGCCCCGAAGCGUCAGACUCCUUGGCAGUUUUGUCCGUUUCGAGCGAUGAUUUGCCUCGCGCUGAAGCAAACGCUGUUCGGGGUGGUGCAAAUACGAGGUCUUCAGGGUCUGGAUAGGUGCGCGCUGGUCAGUACACGGAGAGCCUAGGAGCGAAGGACAGGAGAGACAAACUGGC